UGAUGUUAUGAUCGAAAAUAGCCAUUACUUAUGUCAUAAUCUUCGUUUUUUGGGUUAAAAUUCAGUGGAUUUGCGUUCGAUCAACAUCGUUGAUCCUUCAUUGUUGCACCAUGGAGAACAGUUUUGAUCAGGAUUUGAUUUACGCAAUAUUCAAAAUGGUUUGGAGCAAGAAGACGAUAGAGCGGGAGAAGAAUGAAGAUGGCGAGACUUCCAAAGCGGAGGAACGAGCAGGAACAUCGAAGAAAAACAGGCCUACUUCUGCCAAUUCAAAUGCUGUGAAGCUGAGUUGUGAACUACUUCGACUCUUUGUCACAGAAGCAGUCCAAAGAGCGGCUACUAUUGCUGAAGCUGAAGGAGGAAACAAGAUUGAAGCAACACAUCUGGAAAGGAUACUUCCUCAAUUAUUGUUAGAUUUCUAAGGUACCUCAGGAGGUAGAAGAAUUAGACAUUACCAUCACUGUAGUAUUGGUUUUUCUCAUAAUUGAUGAAUGCAAACUUGUUUAAUUACUAUUUACUAUUAAUCAGUUCAGCCAAAGCUAUAUAUGAAUUACAUCAAUCAGAGAAACAAUGAAAAAUCUUUGUAGUA